CUCUGUUUCUCUAUCUCUAUCUGAGGCAGUGAGUCGGGGCCGCAGCUCCCAUGCGCUCUCCGCUAACUUUUUAAAAAAGAAACUUCUCAUUCUUUCGGAUAAAUGGAGACAACCUGAGCUUUUAGGAUCCAUGGUGGAACAACCAGUGUUUAGAUUUUAACGAGGCAAGAAAAACAACUGAAUUAGGCUCCACACCACAGCUAGAGGCCAGCUUUACCGUCUCUGCGACUCUUUGAAAUUCACAUCCGCCGCAUCUCAGGGUGUAAGAAAUGGAAAAUGGGACAUGUGAUGAUGUGGAGGCAUUGUGGGAGAAGGUGGAGAGCCAACGCUACAACCUGUGUAGCACGAUCACCCCGUCAAAGCUCACGCCUUACCUUCGUCAGUGCAAAGUCCUGGAUGAACUGGAUGAGGAUGAGAUUCUCAACUCACUAGUGCUCGCCACAAAAACAAACCGCACAAGCCGUCUACUUGACAUCCUCCACACUAAAGGCGAGCGGGGGUACGUGGCCUUCCUGGAGAGUCUGGAGUUUUACUACCCUGACCUGUACAAGCUGGUCACGGGGAAGGAACCCACACGACGCUUCUCCACCAUUGUCGUGGAGGAGGGUCACGAGGGUCUGACGCAGUUUCUGAUGAAUGAAGUCACGAAGCUGCAGCAGCAGUCCAAAGUCAAGACCCUGCAGCACGCUGAGCUCAACAAGAAGUUCGUCACUCUGGAAGAUGAAAAAAGGAAGUUAAAGCUGGCCAAUCAGGAGCUUCAGGCCUUCCAGCAGAGGUACAAUAAGCUGAGAGAGGAGAGGAACACCUACAGUGAUGAGCUCCUGAGAGUAAAGGAUGAAAACUACAAGCUGGCCAUGAGGUACGCCACGCUGAGCGAGGAGAAGAACAUGGCUGUGAUGAGAAGCCGAGACUUGCAGCUGGAGAUUGACCAACUGAAGCACAAGCUGAACAAGGUGGAGGAAGAGUGUAAGAUGGAGAGGAGACAGAGUCUGAAGCUGAAGAACGACAUCGAGAAUCGGCCAAAGAGAGAGCAGAUCUUUGAGCUGGAAAGAGAGAACGAGAUGCUCAAGAUCAAACUGCAGGAGCUACAGUCCAUCAUACAGCCCGGCCCUUUACCUGAGUCGGACAAGGCCAUCCUUGACAUUUUGGAGCAUGACAGACAGGAAGCACUAGAAGACAGACAGGAUCUGGUCAACCGCCUCUACAACCUGCACGAAGAAAUCAGACAGGCAGAGGAACUACGAGAUAAGUACCUGGAAGAAAAGGAGGACCUGGAGCUGAAGUGCUCCACACUGCAGAAGGAUUGCGAGAUGUAUCGCAACCGCAUAGACACCAUUGCUGUACAGCUAGACGAGGUGGAGAAGGAGAGAGACCAGGCCUUUCGAGCCAGAGACGAGGCCCAGCACCAGUUCUCCCAGUGUCUCAUCGACAAGGACAAGUAUCGCAAGCAGAUCAGAGAGCUGGAGGAGAGGAGCGAUGAACUCCACCUGGAGAGUGUACGCAAAGACGCUAAGCUGGUCACUCUGGAGUCUCGCCUGCGACGAAUGUCCAAAGACAUCAACCUAGACCAGAGUCUACCAAGGGAUUUACCUCCGUCCAUCAUUUCUCAGGGAGAGGAUUGUAAACUGGUGCAGGGACAGUCUGAAUGCUCCAGCGACGAGUCGCCUGAUGACAAGUUCUUCUCCGAGGAGCCCCGACUCAAACGCAGACUCAACCUCAAAGCGGGGAAUAGAGUAAAGUCUCCAGUCUCUUUACUGAAAGACUUUCCAAUCAACUCAGAGAACAGUCACCCUGCAGCUUCGGCACCUACCAACGGAGGCAACUUUCUGGAGAUCAACGUGCCGAAUUAUGGCAACAGCAGCUCUCUCCCUCCUUCGCCCAGCAUCCCCAUUUCCCCCACAUAUCCGCCCUCGUCGGCUCCCCCUCUCACCUGCUCUUCGUCCUCCUCCCAGCUCAUGUUCAGCACGGUGGAUUCACCCAGCAACAGGCACAUGCUGCGUUGCCGUAACGACAGCAUCCUGUCCACGCUUCCCGAACCCCCUGAGAAAGCGUCCCUUUACCGCCGAGAGAGGGAGAAGGAGCACGACUUCUACCCCCGCAGCAUCUCAGACUUUGACAGCGACAACAUGGAAAUGGAGCUUGAGGAUGAGCGCGGUCCUCCCUCUGUGCACUCAUCUUCCUCUUCCCAUCAGUCUGAAGGAAUGGACACUUAUGACCUGGAGCAGGUCAACAACAUCUUCAGGAAACUCUCUUUGGAGAGGCCGUUCCGCCCGUCUCUUUCCUCCUUCUCCAGACUCAGCGGGUCCCUGAAGCCGGUGCAGGAGCUGUCGCUGCAAGGUGACAACCUGCUGAAGGACAUCAGGCUGAUCGGUGGCAAUGACAGCGGGAUCUUCAUCUCGUAUGUUCAGUCUGGGUCCAACGCGGAGAAGGCGGGGCUACGAGAGGGCCACCACCUCAUGUUUCUUGAGGGGUGCAUACGUGGGGAAAACCAGAGCAUUUCAUUGGAGACCAGCACUCAGGAAGAAGCCCACUGGACUCUGCAGCACUGCUCGGGGCCCAUCACCCUGCACUAUCGAGCCAGCCACGACUCUUAUCGCCGUCUCCAGAGCAAUCUAGCGGAUGGCACUUUAGCAUCCGGCGACUCAUUCUACAUACGUGUCAACCUCAACAUCUCCGGACAGUCGGACAGCUGCUCCUUGUCCGUGCGCUGCGAUGAGGUGGUGCACGUGCUGGACACCAGGCACCAGGGCCGCUGUGAGUGGCAGUGCGCCCGUGUGGACCCCUACAGCGGCUCUGACCUGGCUGAGCGAGGCACUAUACCCAGUUACUCAAGAGCCCAGCAGCUGCUCCUGGUAAAGAUUCAGAAGUUAGUGUAUCGAGGGGGGAAAGAAGAAAAUGAAAUUCAACGGAACAACCGGAAUAAUUUGCAACCAGAAGAAACCAGCCACUCUCCUGAUCCCAGAGCCAGCCCGCGCUUGUCUAGAGCGAGCAUCUUCCUCACUCAAAUACUGCAGUUCGUGAGCAGGGUGGACAUCAAGUACAAGCGAAUGAACAGCAAUGAACGUGUGAGGAUCAUCAACUCAGGCAGCACAACACUACCCAGGCAAGGCUUUGAGGUGCUUCGACCCGAAGAUGCCGCUGACGGAGACGGUGAGCUGAGCAGGAGCUUGAGCCUGAUUCCUUACAGUCCCGUCACCCUCCAGCGGACCCAGAGAAGAAGACCGGUCCUAUUCACGCCCGCUGCUCUCGCCAAAACCAUUAUUCAAAAAAUACUUAACAUGGGAGGAGCCAUGGACUUUAAUAUCUGCAAACCAGACAGCUUGACCAAGGAGGAGUUUCAUCUAAAACAGAACGUGGAGCCCUUCAUUCACUACAAAGAGAAACAAGCCACUUUUGAAUGCAUCACCAGGGAAAACAUAGAGGCUGUCGCCGCAAAAGGCAAACACUGCCUGCUGGAGGCUGAGCUGAGCUGCGUCAAGGACCUUCUGCGGAGAGAAAUCUACCCAAUCAUCAUCUACGUCAAGAUCUGUGACAAAAAUGUCAAGAAAUUAAGGAAGUUGCCUCUGCGCGUGGAGUCAGAGGAAGACUUUGUGAAGCUGUGUCGCGCAAAAGAGAAGGAGCUGGAGGGCAUCCCGUGUCUGUAUGCCACCCUGGAGCCGGAGGCCUGGGCAGGGACGGAGGACCUCAUCAGGGUGAUCAAAGACCGAAUACUGGACGAGCAGAAGAAAACCAUCUGGGUGGAGCAGGACCUGCUGUAGGCAAACACAGAUACACGCAAUAGCCUGUACACGUGGAGUUAAACACAGUAAAACACAAAAAGCCUUUUAUAUCAUGCUUUCCUGCGUUUAUAUUUAUGGUGAAACUCACAAAUGUAAGUGUGGAAAUUGUUAAAUAAAUAAAUGCAUUAUAUAUUUUGUAAAUAUGUCUUUUAUUUAGAAAAAUAAACAGAGUGAAAACAUGAAAAA